ACGGCCGCGGAGUCCUUUUUCCUUCUUGUCAACGUUCCAAGCUCUGUAAAUUCUUCGCUUGAGCGCGUAUAGAUGCAUGGAAUGGAUUCCAAUUUCCAACGAUCUGUGAGAUAAAGGAGUGAUCGAUCGAGAUUUAUCGACAGACAAGCAUAGAGCUCAUAAAAGAGGGAUUUUGAUGAUCGUGAAAGACAAAGAAUGCCGUGUUUCCAGGAUGCGAGGAAGAUGAAUCCGAGCUAGUCCGCUGGAGAUACCAGACAAAGGAGAGGUUUUCUUGGCUUGUUCUUGGUGGGAAUGUGAUUCCGCCUCUGCUAGAAGAGAGAGAAGUCGAUCACUGGUCGACCGAUGAGAGACUGAGAGAUGGAUCAGCAGCAAAAACAAGAGCAAUCGAGCUCGUCCUCGAGCUACCAGCAGCUUCUCAAAUCGGAGGUGAGCAAAGGGUGUGCGCAAGUCCGCCAAUUCGAGCAGAAGCUCCAUUCCUUGAUCCAAUCCCCAGCAUUCUACCCCACGCUCAUCUUCGACGCCACCGCGAUCAUCUCCACCUUCGCCAACGUCAUCGCGCAGCUCAACCGGGGCGAUCCCACGCAAGCAAUUACAGCCGCCGCCGCCGCGGCGGCGAUCACGAUCCCCACUACAGCUCCUUCUCUUCUCAUCCGGCCCUCGUUAGAGCUGCCCACAGUGCCCAGCAGCUCCACCGCGUCGUCCUCGCCAAUGACUUGCAGCCCAAUCCGAGCUUCAACGCCGCCACACUCGCCCCCAAAUCUAGCGCUCUCGAGCCCUCACACGACGAGCAGCAGUAGCCCGGCAUUGACGCCUUCCACCACACCGGAAGGAUCGCCAAACAAUCCACCGUGCACGGCGGCGCUGGAUGGAGCGGCGGAAGGCGGCGGCGCCAUGGACGAAUUCCCAGCUUCUGGGAUUGGGAGGAAGAGGAAGUGCUUGCCCAAGCGCGUGGUGAAGCAGCGCGCCAACAGCAACGAGCAUGGGAGCGAAGCUCCGGCCGACGAUGGAUUCACCUGGCGCAAGUACGGGCAAAAGGAUAUCCUCAAUUCCAAGUUUCCCAGGAGCUACUACCGUUGCACUCACCAAAAAGAACUUGGCUGCCAAGCGACCAAGUACGUCCAGAAGUGCGAAGACGAGCCAUCCAUGUACCAGGUGACUUACAUCGGCGAGCACUCAUGCCAGAACGCGCAAAGCAACAGCUUCUGGAGAUCGGGGCUCUCCGCCAGACCGCUUAUCUUCGCGAUGAAUCCCGGACAAUCAGCAGCGGCAGUAGCAGCGUCACUCACGCUCCCGAGCUCGGGGAUCCAUUCCACUCCACCGUCUCUCGCGUCUCGGCUCGAAGAAAUGAGUGCCUCCCGCCUCACGCUCUCGCCGUCGAGGCCCUCCACUACCGGUUUCAACCUCUUGAGACCGGCUGCUUCGCUCACUUCUCCGAGCCAGUGGACGACUCCGAGAUUUGGAGUCGCUUGCCCAGUGAAGUCCGAGCCACUCGCAUCUCCUCCGCUGCAGCUAGCAACAACGACGAGCCAGCAAGAGCCAUCGCCGUCGAGCCUCGACACUGACAGGCGAUUGCUCAGAAUGUCGCUGGGAAGCAGCAUGACGGUGGCAGCAGCAGAAUCAUCAUCGCUGCAUUCAUCUUCGUCGUCCACACCACCGCCGCCGCCGCCACCGCCACCAUCUUCGUCCUCACCGGUUGCCGCUACCACCACAGUUGCUGUCACUGCUGGAGAGCACGAAAACAUCCAAGAACUUUGGAACCUGGGGGAGCUUCCGGAGGUUGGCAUGGACACGGCCUCCCUGGAAGACAUCCCAAAGAGAUCGUCGUCCUUGACAGACAUAGCUUACCUCCAGGACAUUAUGGGCUACGACCCCAUGCUCUUCGACUCGGACAACUGAAAGUGGUCUUCUAACAAUUCUUUUUCCUGCGGCGAAGCUAGCGAUAUCAGUUUUGUAAAGCAGUUCUUUUAAUCAUAGCUUUCCUUUUCUUUUU